AUGGCAGUCGCAGCUCAACCGCAAGCCAAUCCCAGCUGGAGUCGGUGGCCUCAGCACACGCCAUCAAGCUUUUCCAUCAUGAGCUCUCCGGCAUUCACAUCCUAUGAUCCCAGAACUCAAGUCAGCAGCCAGAUGCAGCGUCAAGUAUCCGCCCCAUAUCUAAUGGGCUCGACCUACAACCACUCACCAAUCUCUGCCGUCUCGCCUCCCCAAUAUCAGAGCCACAGCGCAUUUUCUUAUGUGCCAUACCAUAGCCCACCACCAUCAACCCCUCUCGGCUCACCAUUCAAGACCGAAUUUCGAGAGCAUCCUUACAUGAUCACUGAGGCCUCUGUUGUUGACCAACGCAAUCUCCAGUCUAUGAAAGAAUACCAGCCCUAUUCUCCCAUAUCGAGGAGAGAAUCGGUUUCUUCUAAUACCCAUAGCCCCAUCACUCCAGGUCCCGCUACUCCAGAUUCUUGCACUUCAGCUUCUCUUUCCCUUAGUCCAGCUACUCCAAGUUCUGUCAUUGCAGCUCGACUUGACAAGGCCAAGACACUUGCUUAUAACGAGACACUUGAUCCAGCGGACAAGAUCGAAUUCAGAACCGAAGUUGACGAGCUUAUGAAGGCUAUACAAGGAUCUCGAGCAAAGGAGGAUCAUCAGCAACCUCCCACGCCUGCCCCUACGCCGGAGCAUGUUGCGACACCCCCUUCGACGCUUCCUACUCGAAGAGGGAAGCCUAGAAAGCAAUGGGUCUGCGAUGGUCCCAACUGUGGCAGAGCCUUCACCCAAAAGACGCACCGUGACAUUCACCAACGAACACACACUGGUUAUAGACCAUAUGUCUGCCCUAAAGCCAACUGCGGCCUUAGUUUUUCGCAGCGCGGAAAUCUCAGGACUCAUGUGCGCCGCCAUACGGGCGAAAAACCAUACCGUUGCAGCCAGUGCACCAAAUGCUUUGCUCAGCGAGGAAAUCUUCGAUCUCAUGAAGAGACUCACAAAGGCUUGAAGCCAUUUGUCUGCCGGCUUGAUAAUUGCAACAAGGCGUUUUCUCAGCUGGGUAAUAUGAAGACUCAUCAGAACAACUUUCACAAGGCCACUCUUCAAAGACUUAUCGCCCUCUUUGUACAAUUCUCAGAGGAAGGUGAAGUGCCCGAGGACUAUCGAGAGCUUUUUGAUUACUUCCAGAAGCACUACAAAAACAGCAACAAAGGCGUUAAAGGUCGGGGAAAGACUCGCGCCGUGACGGCCCGC